AAUAAUUUUGUGGUCUUAUAUUAGUGGAAAUUUGUUUGGUUUUUAUGAAAACAGAAAUUUUAAAGUAGUUUAAAUUUAUAAAAUAUAGUUCUUAAUCUUUUAAUAUUUGAUAAAAACAUUUAGAAUAUGUCUACCGCUACAGUUUUAAACCUUUUAGAAGUGUUGAAAAAUUCGACGGACAAAAAUAAUUUACUAAAAGCGCUUGUCAAACUGAGAACAGAUAUUGUCAAAGAUCGAGAAGGGAUUAUGCUUUUCAAAAAUUCGCAGGGAAUUCCACCGUUAAUCAAAUUUUUAAAUAGACCUAACGAAAAGAUUUUAGAAAUUGCCUUGAGUAUUUUAGGCAACGCUUGCACUGAUGAAGAAUGCUGUACACAAGCUUUCGAGAACAAAAUUGUUCCAUCAUUAGUUACCAUACUGAAGAGUGUACCUAAUCCAUCUAUUCAAUGUAGAGCAUGUAGAUUAUUAGGGAACCUAGCAAAACAAAAUACAUCUAAGUUUCUUAACUACAAUUCUUCAAUUUCCCAAUCGCUUUGUCUUAUUCUUGAGGAAUCCAUUGAGGAUCAAACUACUAUAAUGGGUGUGAGAGCUGCUAGAUAUUUGUUAAGCAACAAAGAAUUCAUUAAAUCUUUUAUUGGAAAUGGUGGCUUUAAAAUAAUAUUACAAAUUCUUAUAAAAGAAAUGAAAAAAGAUCAUAUUGAGGUGCAGAACACUUUGAAUGACGAUAUAGAUGUAAAAAAACGUGUUGGUCUUAAAGUUCAAGAGCAUAGAGAAAAAUAUUUUCAGGAAGUUGCGAGACAUUUGGAAGGUGUUAGAAAUGAUAUAUUUGAUAAUGAAAUGUUGAAGAGCAAAAAGAAAGUAAUUUUAUUUACUAUGCCUAAAGAAAAAUCUCAUCUCGACAUAGUGCAUGAAAUACUGAAGUGUGUACACUUAAUAUCGGAAAUUCCUUCUCGGGAAUCUGCGGCCGAAUUACAUAGCCCGUUAUUAAGUUUACCAUGCAUUAUAUAUUUUGCGAAUGAAAGCAAUCCGUUCCGGGGUCUUUCUUUAAGAAUAAUAUCAAAUUUUUCUAGAAACCCCUACGCGGUUUCUUCUUUAAGUCAAGCUGAUGCCGCCGAAGCUGCUUGUACUUUAUUAAUGGCAGAACAUUUAAAAAUACCAUUAUCUAAUUCUGAACUCAAAUGUUGCAUUCAUUCACUUAAUGUGUUAGCAGGUGAUGCAUGUAAUCGUGCUAAAAUUAGGCGAAGUGGAGCUUUACAAAAAUUAUUAGAAUUAGCAAAAAAGUCGAAAUCUUAUUCAGAAGUAUCUUUGAUAUUGUUCGUUUUGAUAAACUUUCAGUACGACAACUUAAGUAUAGAUUUUAUGUCGCGUGAAGGCUUAGUUGAUAUGUUGGUUAAAGAAUUGGAGGCUUUCCUGAACUCAGAUGAUGAGGUUCGGAAAAAAAAAGUAGAAGAAAAGCUAGCAAGAGCUCAAGCAAAAAAAAGAAAAUCUCCCGCCGAAGCGAUUCAACCAAAUUCUAAAGCUGCGAAAUGGGAAGAGUUUUAUGAUGAAGAUUCUCCUGUUGGUUCUCCGUUAAAUCUAUCGCCAUUUAGUCCAUGUAGUUCUAGAAGUCUGUCCCCUGUUAGUGCAAAAGUAAUGACAGAAAACGAUUUUGAGUCAGAAACAUAUUCGCCAGUUUGCAGUGAAGAUGAAGCAGAUAGUGAGGAUGAAAGUAAUGCAAUAAAAGAAAAAACGUCUGAUGAAUGUGAUGUUAUGAAAUUGUUAGAUAUUGCUUUUAAGACAGAAACAAAUAUUGAGGAAAAUUUUUCUGAUUUUGAAGAUGAAAAAAAGGAUCCUGUUCAAAUGACAGAAAAAAUAUUUUCUCGAAAUGCUAUAGAUAUUAUCGAUAAUUUAUUGUUUAGAGUUAGUUUGUUGACAACUAACAGAGUAGAGCUUGGAAAACCACAAACUUUAAAUAUUAUUAUACAAGCAAUUAAUGUGUUUGGAAUAAACCAUAGCAGUUUUGGAAGCUGUUUAACGAAUAUCUUGUCAGAUAGCAAGUUCUUUCUUAAAAUUUUAAAACAAAACGUUCCUCAUCAAUUGUAUAAGAUGACUAGAAUUGAAGACUUAAAAUCCGGUGGUGUUAAUUUUAUUGAUACAUUAACUUGUGUAGCAGAAACUGGAUAUGGACGUGGUGAAAUAGCUAAAUUAUUAAAAAAUGAAAUAGAUCAUCAGAAAAGAGGAGCAAUUGCGAUUUCAUUUAUUAUAAAAAGUCCAUCUUUUUUAUAUUCAUUAUUGACUGAAAAUGAUGUUCUAAAUAUAUUAUUAGCUACAAUUUUAAAUAAAAAUGAUGAAUUAAGAGUAGAGGCGGCUGAUGGAAUAACAUCAAUCGCUCAGACAUUGGGAAUUGCUACUCCACGAUGUCAUAAAUUUGUUUUCAACACAAUCAAAGAAUUCGACGAAUUAAUUGAUUUUAUUGAAACUUGCAAUGAAAAUGAAAAUGAGGAUGAUGUAAUGAAAUUUUUAAUACACAGAGGUUGUUCACAAAUUCCAGUAAAGUUUAGUAAAACAAUUUUAUCCCACAACAGUGAAGUAUUUAAUUCAAUGUUAAAUAGCGAUUUUCGAGAAAAUAAAGAAGGAGAAGUACAUUUAAAAGAUUAUACAGUACAUGGAAUAAAAUAUUUUUUAAAUUUGAUUAAUUUAAAAUCGAAAAAGCAACCAUUAAACAUUCCGCCAGUAUAUCAUUUUGAUUCUAUAUUAGAAGCAUAUGAAUUAAGUCGUAUGUAUAUAAUGACAGACUUAGAAAAAUAUCUAUUUGAAAUGUUAGUGCAUCGCUUGGAUUUGAAAAGUUGCCUACGUGUAUUUGAAUGGUCAUUAACUCAUUUUAAUCCGGAAUUAUCAGAAAUUGCAAUAAAUUAUUAUUUGUCAUCGGAAAUCGAUGGAAAAGAUAAAGUAGAUUUGUUUCGAGAUGCUGAUUAUUCAAAAUUUUCAAAAGAAUGGUAUCAAAUGAUUACCGAUGCUAUUUUGGUAAAAUGUCAAAAUAUGUGCGUUGAUUUUUCCUAAAAUGACUUUUGAAAAAUAAAAUAUUGAAGAGAAAGCCACAAAACUUUUCUAUUAUGUAUAUGGAAAUAUAUGUAUGUAUAUAUGUAAACAUAUUAAUUUUGAAAUUUGUAUUACAAUUAAUAUAUUUUAAAGAUAAAUUUUAAAAAUUAAAUAUUAAUUAAACUUAAGAAUUUUCCCAUUAAAUUUACUGCUGCCCCGGUUGCUAUCUAUGUAUUUAUAUAAUAAUGAGUUUAAAAAAAUUCAUUUUAUUAUUUUUUGUUUUGUUCUUAAAGGUUGGAUGGUUCCGAUGAACUUCUAAGAUUUCAUGCUAUUAUUUAAUUUCAAUUGUUUUUCAUACCUAUAGAUUAAAUUUGAUAAUUUUGUACUGAAUAUUUUAAAGACUUAAAUUAUUGUAUACAAAAGUAAUUUAAAUAAUUUUUUAACUUAAUUUAAUUGUAUAUCAUUUUAAAAA